UGUGAUAUAUUCCUAACACUAAAAACUUAUACAAACAAACUUAAAACAGACGAAAUAUGGAAGCCAAUGAUGAACGAGUCGUGGAUCAACCGCUUCAAUAAACCAUUUAACCCUGCGUGGAUGGAUUACUGCGACCCAUAUCAUUGCAACGAUUACCACAAAAUAGCGUGCGGGUUAAACAGGAAGUCGAUGCGUUUCAAAUGGUUCCAAAGCGGAUGUCACAUUAUAUUAAACAACAUGUGUGCUAACUAUCGAGGGAAUUUGAAAUACGACAUGGUGGAGACGAGGUUUUGUACGCAAUACGUAAUGUUUUUACGAAGCGGCUGUCCGUCGCACUGUCCAGAUUAUUUGGACCCCGUGUGUGGAGUUAGCAGUAUUGAUAAUCACGUUGUCCUGUUUAAAAAUGAAUGCGCUUUCAAACGUGCAAACUGUCAAAGUGGCAUUUUAGAAGAAUAUGAAAAAAUUGACCUGCGCGUAUGCAGCUAUGUUAUUAAUAUAUAA